UAAUAAGGCACAAGCGCUGGUAAACAAUGAAAAUUGAAUAGUGCAUCACAAUUUUGAACAGGUAAAUUUAAUGUAAUUGGUCAGGACGUCCACGAGUUUGUGAUCAUCCAUAAAGUGAGCCAAACAAAAUGGAUGAAGACCCGAUAGAAACAGCAAUUGGUCGUUUUGGAAAAUAUCAAACGUGGAUAUUGUUUUUGAUCUCAGUAGGGUGGUUUCCGUGUGAAUAUCAAUUAAAUAAUGUAGUGUUCCUAAUACCCAGUGUCGAGUACAAGUGCUUGGACAAUAAUGUGACUAACUAUUGUCCUUGUAAUAACCCGGAAUAUGACACGAGCACCAUUGUCAGUUCGGUCACAAGUGAAUGGGACCUUAUAUGUAACAGGACACAUCUUGCUAGUUUGGCACAAUCGAUGAUGCAAAUUGGAAUAUUGUUUGGAAGCUUACUGUUCGGUUACUUCUCCGACAGGUCUGGUCGGAAGUCUGUAGUGCUAACAUCACUGAUCCUCGAAGUAGUAUUUAUAAUCAUCUCAGCAGUAGUUCCAUAUUUUUGGUUGCUUUUGGUAUGCCAAUUCUUGAUCGGAGUAGCUAUUGGAGGAUCAAUGCUAAGUUGCUACAUACUAGCCGUUGAAUUAUGUGGAAAGUCUUUCAGACCCUACCUAUCUGGACUUCUUGAAGUGUCAUUCUUAAUAAGCUACAUCACGCUACCAAUAAUAGCUUACUUUGUGAGAGAUUGGAGACAGUUACAGUUAGUAACGUCAGUGCCAUGGAUCAUAGUAAUUGUAUAUUAUUGGCUGAUACCCGAAUCUCCUCGAUGGCUGAUAACAGUCGGCAGAAAGAAGGAAGCUAUUGACAUCCUUACACACAUAGCUAAAAAAAACAAUCGACCAACCGAUAAUAUUGAAGCAAUUGUUGAAAAGGUAGAAUUAUUAAACAAGAUUGACAGCAAGAAUCAACAGAAAGUCACUUAUAUAGACUUGUUCAGAACUCCAAAAAUCCGAGUGUACACAAUCAUAACAGCAUUGAUAUGGAUGUUCUGCUCACACACGUUCUUCGGCAUCAACCAGUACAUCGGGCGCCUGCAAGGCAACUUGUACUUGAACGUGCUGCUCUCUGCGGCGUGCCUCACUCCCGGCUUGAUUAUAGUCAUCAUAGCCACACUGCGCUUGAGAAGAAAAGUCAGCAUCAUAUCUAGUUUCACGACAGCCGCGGUGUCUUUAUUAGUUUUCAUAUUCAUUCCUAGUGAUAUGAGAGCAGCUACAUUGGCAUUUGCGAUAAUUGGUUUAAUAGGAGCUUACACAUCAUUUGUUCAAGUUUACUUAUACUCAUCAGAAAUAUUCCCGACUGUAAUAAGAAAUACAGCACUCGGGUUUUCUUCUAUGUUCGCGAGAUUCGGAAGUUUCAUUGCUCCGUUUGUGGUAAAUAUCGGUAUAGAGUGGGUGUCUAUUCUCAUAUUCAGUAGUGUAGCAUUUAGCGCAGCGAUUCUUUGUUAUUUCCUCCCGGAAACUAAAGCGACUACUCUUCCGAAUACAAUUAAACAAAGAGAGCAAGCUGAGAUGUAACACAACAGUUUACUAAUCCGUUAUAUUGUUUUAGAUACCUAGGUACUGUCUCUUACUUCAUAAGUAGGUACUCAUCUUUGUAGAUUUAGAUUUAUUUUCCUACUACACAUUAAAUGAAAAAAUGUUCUUAAAUCAAUAAAAUUAUGUAAUGCACGAGUAAAAGA